AGAAGCCUCAUAAAUGUGCCCAGUGUGGACAAGGUUUUUCACAAACAUCAAAACUUAAAUCACAUAUGCUAAUACAUAUCGGAGAGAAGCCUCACAAAUGUGCCCAGUGUAGAAAAGGUUUUACUCAUUUCACAUCUUAAAUCCCAUAUGCUAAUACACACUGGACAGAAGCCUCAUAAAUGUGCCCAGUGUGGAAGAGCUUUUAAUCUAAGUUCAACACUUAAAAUCCAUAUGCGAACUCACACUGGAGAGAAGCCCCAUAAAUGUGCCCAGUGUGGAAAAGCUUGCAUCUCAAGAUCAGGUCUUAAAACCCAUAUGCUAAGUCACACCGGAGAGAAGCCUCACAAAUGUGCCCAGUGUGGAAGAGGUUUUAGACAGAUGUCAAAUCUCAAAACCCAUUUGCUAACUCACACUGGAGAGAAGCCUCAUACAUGUAUCCAGUGUGGAAGAGCUUUCAUGCAAAUUUCAACUCUUAAAACCCAUAUGCGAACUCACACUGGAGAGAAGCCUUAUAAAUGUAUCCAGUGUGGAAAAGCUUAUAUCUCAAAAUCAGGUCUUAAAAAACAUAUACUGGUACACACUGGAGAGAAGCCUCAUCAAUGUAGCCAGUGUGGAAGAGCUUUCAUGCAAAUUUCAACUCUUAAAACUCACAUGUGAACUCACACUGGAGAGAAGCCUUAUAAAUGUGCCCAGUGUGGAAGAGCUUUUAUGUCAAAUUCAGGUCUUAGAAAUCAGCUUAUUCACACUGGAGAGAAGCCUCAUAAAUGUAAUCAGUGUGGAAGAGCUUUUAAUCAGAAUUCAACUCUUAAAAUCCAUAUUCGAACUCACACUGGAGAAAAACCUCAUAAAUGUAUCCAGUGUGGAAAAGCUUACAUCUCAAGAUCAGGUCUCAAAACCCAUAUGCGAACUCACACUGGAGAGAAGCCUCAUUAAUGUGGCCAGUGUGGAAAAGCUUUUAUACAUAUCUCAAGUCUACACACUAGAGAGAACCCUCAAAUGUGCCCAGUGUGGGAAAGGUUUUUCCACAAACCUCCACAUCUGAAGACUCUGAUAAUGCUAAUUCUUAACCAUGCUAAUUCACUCUGCACUCAACUGUGAAAAAGGUUUUUCAGGAACAUCAAAACUUAAAUCCCAUAUGCUAAUACAUACUGCAGCCUCAACUCUUUGACCUCACAUGUUUACAUGCACUAGAGAGAAGCCUCAUAAAUGUGCCUAGUGUGGAAAAGUUUUUACACUCAUUUCACAUCUUAAAUCCCAUAUGCUAAUACACACUGUUUUUUUUCACAAAUCUCACACCUUAAGACUCCUUAAUGCUAAUGUUUAAUCUUGCUUCACACUUGACUCAACCCAACCCUUAACUCAAAAGCAAAACACAGGCGGCAAAAUCCCACAGAAAUGUGCUCGUUGUGAAAAAGCAUUGACAACAUCCACACUACUUAUUUCCCACAUGCUUGACCACACUGGAGAGAAGCCUCUCAAAUGUGCCCAGUGUGGAAAAGGGUUUUCAAAUCUUAAAUCCCAUAAAAAAAAUCCUCUUUUAGAAAUGUUCGCCAGAAAUUGGGGCAAUCGGAUACAUAAAAUGUAUCUCACUGCCCCCCCCCCCCCCCCCCCCCCCAUUCGAUUUCCUCCUUUGCACACAGCCACCACCAUAUACGGAAAGCAGAUUGCAGCAGCAUUCACAAAGUUCCGAGGUGUGCCCUUUCAGGCUGUGCAAGCGGUGUGCAAACUUUUCAUUACUGAAAGAAAUGCAUGAGAUGCUGUUCAUUUUUAAUCGGCUUCCCACUACAUUAAGAUAGGCCAUACUGAAACUUUGGUAACAGAUGUAUUUGUACAUCUGUAUGGAAUUGUAUAAAGUGUUAGCACUUUCCACAUAAGCACCUGGUGAGUGAGGAGAGGACAGUGGUCAAUCUAAUUUCAACACGCCUAUACUAAGAAGGUUAGUCUAAAGUGAUUGCCUUGCAGGUCUUACAGUAGCAAUAGUAAGCUUUUAUUGGGUGAAAGAGUUCAAUGAUGGUCAAGUGUAUGUAGGCUAGUGCCCUUCUCGUUUGUGUGUCACUCCGAACUCGUCAAAAUUGAAGGCGUGGUUAGAACCCUUGGCAUCAAUCUUCGAUGCCCGGAUUACCCCCUUGGCCAAGCUUUAGCUGAAUCAGUUGUUGCCAAGUUGUUGCCAUGCUCAUUGCUCACAUUAAGACGAUGGCACGUUGGAAUAUGUUUCGCCUGGUGCAAACGUGAAAGUAGCCUACCUAGCUGUCUCCGAGACAUUGGUAAUGGAAAACAUUUGUAACGUUUGUAUUCCAGCUUUUGUCCUAAGACUCUACAAACACGUUUCGACUUUUAAAACAAAACAUAUAGGCUAAGCAUCAGCCUUAAAGCGAGCUGCCCCUGUCUAUUUAGAUUCUCAUAUUAUUACAAAUAGGCCUAGUUGAAACGGUUCUAUUUUCGUCAUGCUCGAACGGUAUAUGGCUGAAUCUGUGAAUGGGCCAUAGCUGUAAGAAGUUGGUUUGUCCGUGUUCCAAAGCCAGCAAAGUUACAUUCUUUUGAGUGGCAGCAAAGGCAGCCUAUCAGCGUCAAGUGCUUGCAUUUCGUAAUGAGGUUGCCAGUUAAGCCCGAAAGGACGCCAAAUAGGUGCAAAACCACAGAUUUAAUAACCCCCCACCCUAUCAUGGCUUUCUGAGAGAGGUUUUUAGGAAGCUUCUUUCACUUUAGGAAGUUCACUUUACGUUCGAAAAUCGAUUGCACAGUCGAUUGGAUCAAACAACACAAGUUUCGAAA